CCGGGUCUCUCCAUUCUGUAAUUCGUCUCUUCCGCUCUUCUAACUCUCUCUCUCUCUCUCUCUCUACCUCAUGGCUUCAGACCUCUUCAACGGCCGCCUCGAGGACGUCAAGUUCACCCAGCUCUUCGUCAAUGGCAGCUUCGUUGAUUCCCUUUCUGGAAAGACGUUCCAGACAAUAGAUCCCAGAACAGGGGAUGUCAUCGCCGCCGUCGCCGAAGGCACCAAGGAGGAUGUUGACGCAGCCGUUCAAGCUGCCCGUCACGCCUUUGACUCCGGUCCCUGGCCUCGCUUCCCCGGUUCUGAGAGAGGAAGAAUAUUGAUGAAAUUGGCAGACCUGAUAGACCAAAAUGCGGAAGAACUAGCAGCACUAGACGCCAUAGACGCGGGAAAGCUGUACCGGUGGAGUAAGACGGAGAUUUCUUCAGUCGCAAAUAUGCUACGUUACUAUGCGGGUGCUGCGGAUAAAAUCCAUGGAGAGGUAUUGAAGAUGUCAAGAGAGUUCCACGCCUACACUCUGCUCGAACCCAUUGGUGUGGUGGGUCACAUCAUUCCCUGGAACUUCCCCAGCACCAUGUUCUUCGCCAAGGUCAGCCCUUCCUUGGCCGCCGGCUGCACCAUGGUCGUCAAACCCGCCGAGCAAACUCCUCUCUCUGCUCUCUUCUACGCUCACCUCGCUAAGCUGGCUGGAAUACCAGAUGGUGUGCUUAAUGUAAUAACUGGCUUUGGCCCAACGGCUGGCGCUGCUAUAAGCUCGCAUAUGGACAUUGAUAAGGUUAGCUUUACUGGUUCAACACAAGUAGGACGGGAGGUGAUGCAGGCUGCGGCUAAGAGUAAUUUGAAACAAGUUUCACUAGAAUUAGGAGGCAAAUCACCCAUCAUUAUAUUUGAUGAUGCUGAUGUGGACAAAGCUGUCGAGCUUGCACUCAUUGGAGUCCUCUAUAACAAGGGAGAAAUCUGUGCUGCAGGCUCUCGUGUGUUUGUUCAAGAAGGCAUAUAUGAUGAGUUUGAGAAGAAGCUGGUGCAGAAGGCAAAAGCUUGGGCAGUUGGAGACCCUUUUGAUCCUAAUGUUCAGCAAGGUCCUCAGGUAGAUAAGAAGCAAUUUGAAAAAAUUUUAUCAUACAUAGAGCAUGGAAAGAGAGAAGGAGCCACCUUGCUGACUGGGGGUAAGGCAGUGGGCAAUCGGGGAUACUACAUAGAACCUACAGUGUUCAUUAAUGUUGAGGAGGACAUGGUGAUAGCACAAGAUGAAAUAUUUGGGCCUGUCAUGGUGCUAAUGAAGUUCAAAACGAUGGAGGAGGCAAUAAAGAGUGCGAACAACACAAAAUAUGGGUUAGCAGCAGGCAUAGUGACGAAGAAUAUUGAUAUAGCAAACACAGUGUCGAGAUCCAUAAGAGCAGGAACCAUUUGGAUCAACUGCUAUUUUGCAUUUGGGGAUGAUGUUCCUUUCGGAGGGUACAAGAUGAGUGGAUUUGGGAAAGAACAUGGAAUGGAAGCCGUUCACAAGUAUCUCCAAGUUAAGUCUGUUGUCACUCCCAUUUACAAUUCUCCAUGGCUCUGAAUGGCUCCCUGUAGCUAUGAGGAUUUUCAAUUACAUAUGAGGGCUUUUG